CGGCAGUUCCGGGUCAGGGAUGAAAAAAGGAGGGAAAAAAGAACGGUCAGAGUUUUCGGCAUGCGCGUGGUUUUGGGCUAGUUAGCCACUAACUAACCGUUACUAACGUCGGUUUGCUGUGGAGUUUGUUGAAUUUGUAGCUACAUUAAAAUAUUUUCCGAAGCAGUUAAACGGAUCAUCUGUCACAAUAGUGUACAUCAGAACAGAAACACUGGAACUGGAACCAACAUUGGCUAAAUUAGCUAAAUCUGAAAAGUUUAGGCGGUUGGAAUAACGUUAGCGCCGCCGCGACUGUGUGGAUUUGCUAAAUUAAUCUCUUGGAAUAAAACGGAUUUCCCCACUGCAUCUGCUCUCAGCAAGAUUUGUGCAAGCUCCAUCAUCUCUGAUAACAUCCAGUGCUCACACGACUGUGUUGAUGAGAGGUGACAAAUCAUGGGUAGCUGGAAUUCAUAAAACUGCCAAAAUGUCUUCAAUCAUAGGACUCCCUACACGAGGAUCAGAUGUAACGAUUCUCAUAACCAAGGUCCACUUGCAUCCCCUUUGUGUGCUUGUGGAGUUCUGGGGAAAAUUUUGCCAGGAGAGGACUGCAGAUUAUGAGUGCCUGGCUAAAGACAUUCAGUCUCCUGGAAACACAUUUCAGGAGUUUGAAGGAAAUCCUGGUGACCAGUGCUUGGUUCAGAUAGAUGAUACUUGGUACAGGUCUCGCAUGGUCUCAAGAAAUGGUUCGAAAUACAGCGUGUUCCUCAUUGACAAGGGGAUGACAUAUAGCACCACCACUAGUAAGCUGGCGUGGGGUAAGAAGAAGCACUUCCACCUGCCACCCGAAGUGGAAUUUUGUGUGCUAGCUAAUGUGUUACCACUCUCGCCUGAAAACAGAUGGUCUCCAGUGGCUCUCGAAUUUCUGAAAUCUCUUUCCGGGAAGUCUGUGAAGGCACAUGUGCAAGAUGUACUGGUGCCGCAGAGAACAUUUCUCCUGCACGUCCCUUGCAUAUCCAAACAAAUGUAUGAGAUGGGAAUUGCCAAGAAGCUGUCUCCAGACAUGUUCCAGGACUUUGUUCUUAUGUCACUGCAGUCCCAUAGUGGAGCUGAAGUGUCUCCAGAGACUCGCCAGAUCUCCAUGGGAGCAGGUGAGCGACUGCACAAGCGAGAGCUCUUCAUGUACCCAGAGCUGCCAGCAGGAACUGUGGAGACAGUCAUAGUCACAGAUGUGACAAAUCCGCAGCGGAUUUUUUGCCAGUUAAAAGUGUUUUCACAAGAGUUGAAGAAACUCUCAGAGCAAAUCACACAGUGCUGUGAGGGCAGAAUGACCAAUAGCAUUGUAGGUCCAGAAAUGAUUGGGUUUCCGUGUGCUGCAAGAGGAAGUGAUGGCAGGUGGUACCGCUCUGUUCUACAACAGGUAUUCCCAACCAACAAAGUGGUGGAAGUGUUGAAUAUUGACUAUGGAACAAAACAGUUUGUUCAAGUGGAGAAUGUAAGACCACUGGCUGCAGAGUUCUUCAGAAUGCCUGUUGUGACUUACAUCUGCUCCCUCCAUGGAAUCAUUGACAAAGGGGUUGGAUGGACAACCAGCCAGAUUGACUAUCUCAGGACCCUUCUUCUGUACAAGACAGUGAUAGCCAAAUUUGAGUACCAAAGCAUCUCUGAAGGUGUUUACUAUGUCACGCUCUAUGGGGAUGAAAACACAAACAUUAGCAACUUGUUUGGUUCCAAGGAGAACUGUUUGCUGGAGUGUGAAAAAACACUUGGACAUUAUGCCAUCCGUACCACUGCAUACAGCUGCCAGCAUCCAGCUCGGCAAGAAAGAAACCAAAGAAAGAUGUUAACUCUUGGACAGGCUGUAGAGGAAAAAGAAAGGAAAGGAAUAGUGGAGAAGUUGCCAGCUGAAGACCUCUCUCUCAACUCCUCACAUGUGGCAGUUGUUCAGCAUGUAUCUGACCCAUCAGAGUUUUGGAUCCAAACAAAGAACUAUGCAAAUGAGUUGGAUGAACUGAUGGAUAGUAUCUGCCAUCUGUACAAAGAUUCAGUGAAUAAAGAUGUGGUGAGAAAUCCAAUUGUUGGGCUCUACUGUGCUGCUAAGGCAGAAGAUGGUGACUUCUACAGAGCAACUGUAGCUGAAGUUAGUGAGACACAAAUCAAAGUGUUCUUUGUUGAUUAUGGAAACACUGAAGUGGUUGACAGGAGUAACAUCAGGACCCUUCCUGACGAAUUCAAAAAGCUACCAUGUCUUGCACUGAAAUGCACCCUGGCUGGUAUCAGGCCGAAAGAUGAGAGAUGGAGUCAAAGUGCCUGUGAGUUUCUCCUCAAAGCAGUCACAGAUAAAGUACUAAAUGUACAUGUGACAGCAAAAUAUGAUGAAGGCUAUGUUGUCCAACUAACAGAUCCUGAAGCGCAUGAAGAAAGAGAUCUUAGUACACUGAUGUGUAGUUCUGGCCACGCUGAAAGGGCUGAGACACAGAGACAACCCAAAGCCAAAAUGACCACGCAACCUGCCAUUCUGCCCACCACACAACUUCAAGAUGCCAGAUUCUAUAACAAUAGAAUGUCUUUCCAGACCCUAAAGACAGUUGACCCUGCCAGUAAUGAAAGAAGAAUUCCUACAUUCAGGGAGCACAUGUUUCCCAUCGGAAGUGUCCUUGAUGUCAGUGUGUCAUACAUUGAAAGCCCAAAUGACUUCUGGUGCCAACUAGUGCAAAAUGCAGGGCACUUGAAAUUGCUCAUGCAUGACAUACAGGCUCAUUAUGCAGGCAGUGAGUUUCAGCCUCUUGUAGAAACAGCUUGUGUUGCUCUCCACCCUGAUAAUGAAAUGUGGUACAGGGCCCUUGUAAUUCACAAACAUGAAACACCUCAUGUGGAUGUGUUGUUUGUUGACUACGGCCAGACGGAGACAGUCUCCCUCUAUAACCUGAGGAGGAUCUGCCCAGAAUUCCUCAGUCUGCAUGGCCAAGCUUUUCGAUGCAGUCUGUUAAACCCUGUUGACCCCACGUCUGCCACAAAUGAGUGGAAUGAAGAAGCAAUAGCAAGGUUCCACAACUUUGUGGAAACUGCUGCAUCCAACUUUGUGAUUUUGAAGUGCACCAUAUAUGCUGUCAUGUACAGUGAGCAGAAGAUUGUUUUCAACAUUGUGGAUCUAGACCCCUUUGAGAGUGUCUCCACCAGUAUGGUCAAUCUAGUCAAAAGUGCACCGCCCAAGAAAGCCACUGGGCCAUCUUUCCGUUUGGACACGUACUACUACUCAACGCACAAUGUCAAAACUGGAACAGAGGAACAGGUCACAGUGACAUGUGUGAACAACGUCAGUCAGUUCUACUGCCAGCUUGACAGGAACGCUGAUGUGAUAAAAGAUCUCAAGAUCAAAGUGAGCAAUCUCUGUCAUCAGCUUGAGAAUGUAAAGCUCCCAACAGUCUUUGGAACUUUGUGCUUUGCGAAGUACACUGAUGGGCAGUGGUACAGGGGACAGAUCAAGGCCACAAAACCAGUGAUUUUGGUUCACUUUGUGGAUUAUGGUGACACUAUUGAGGUGGACAAAUCUGACUUGCUUCCAGUUCCCAGAGAGGCUAAUGACAUCAUGUCUGUUCCUGUGCAAGCAGUUGUGUGUAGCCUCUCUGAUGUCCCUGCUGAUGUUCCCAGUGAGGUGAACAACUGGUUUGAGACAAGUGCGACAGAAUGUAAAUUUCGAGCACUAGUAGUGGCCCGAGAACCUGAUGGUAAACUGCUGGUUGAGCUGUAUCAUGGAAACACUCAGAUUAAUUCAAAGAUCAAGAAGGUGUUUCAGAUUGAGAUGCACACAGAAAAGCAGGUUGUCUACCAGGGUAGGAGAGCACCUGAGGCUUCAGCAAAUCAUGCACAAAAGACUCCAAAAGCUGUCCCAAAACAAGCUACAGAAAUGGAAGAUCACAUUCAAACCAUCAAGAAAUAUGUCUCCGCCUCAAAACCAGCACAUCAAAUGAGGGAUGCUGACAUGAAUGUACAGUCUGCACUGAAACCUUUGCACCAUGUUUGUGAAAAUGGCCAGAAGGUCAAAGCUGCUCCGUUAGAGCUGUACAGACCUCCACACCAAAGGCAGUCAUGUGGAAGGGCACCAUGUAAUACGGGAAAUGAUUCUGAGUCAGCAGGUGCCUAUAUCAAACCAAGAAGAGGAAGUUUUCCCACAGAAACUAAACAGCUCAUCAAAUCCAAAUCAACUGGCACAGAAUCUCAGAAGGAAAGCAAUGUAGAAAAACUCCCUAAACUUGCAGACCUGCCCUCAAAAUCUAUCACAUCAGGUAUGGAAGCUGAUGUUUAUGUCUCACACUGCAACAGCCCAUUGAGUUUCUACGUGCAGCUUGUCAGAGAGGAGGAUGAAAUAUUCUCCCUUGUGGAAAAGCUCAAUGAUCCCCAAUCCACCCCCCAAACUGACGACAUCAAAGACGUGCAUCCAGGUGACCUUGUUCAAGCAGAGUUUGCAGAUGAUUCCUCAUGGUACCGAGCAGUUGUAAGAGAAAUCCACAGUAACAUGAUGGCUCUUGUUGAGUUUGUUGAUUUUGGAAAUACAGCAACAAUGCCAAUUUCCAAGAUAGGCAGACUCCAUAAGUCUUUCUUGCAAUCUCCCAUGUACAGCACACACUGUGUGUUGAGCGAUGCUGCAGCUUUUGGAAAAGAGGAAGUGCUUGAUCCAGAAGUGGUGUCAGCUUUCAAAGAAGACAUCGGUGGUAAUGGAGAAAAGGUGCUCAAGUGCCAGUUUAUCAGGCAGUCAGGAUCUGUGUGGGAAGUUAGUCUUGAAGACAGCGGUGUGAAUCUCAUGUGUAAAGUACCUACUAGAUGUUCAGCUGAUUGUUCUGAAGCCGCCUCAGAGAAACUUGAACAAGUUAAGGAAAAACCUGCCCAGAACUCUGACAUCAGGCAAGUGCCAGAGAACUCGCAGACAUCUCUGUUGAACUCCUGUUCUCUAUGUUACCACCAACAAGAGUUUUUGGAGGGACAAAAAUUAGAGGUCUACAUCACAACUACAAAUGAUGCUCAGACAUUUUGGUGUCAGACUGCGGACUCAGAAGAGCUUGAUAAGAUAACAUCAAGUGUCUCAGAAGUUGGGGAUACAGCCGAUAAACAUAUUGACCCGGGCUCUCUCUCCUCUGGCAGCCCAUGUAUUGCUCUCUUUUCAGACGAUCAUCUUUGGUACCGUGCAGAGGUCGUCGACAAAGAUGGAGACGAGGUGUCUGUUCUCUUUGUGGACUAUGGAAACAAGUCCCAAGUCAACCUUACAGAUGUGAGGGACAUGCCCCCUGAUCUGAUGGAAACUCCUUCACAGGCAUUUUUGUGUGAGCUUGAAGGCUUUGAUGCUUCACAUGGAUCCUGGGACAGUGGUGCAGUAGAUGAGUUGAAUCUGCUUACAACAGACAAAGUGUUACAGCUGACUGUCACAAGAGUAACAAGAGAAGGAGGAAAAAUUAAAUACCUUGUGCAGAUGGAAUGUGAAGGCCAGGUGAUAAACGAGACACUGAAAACCUGGUGGAAGAGCUCCACGACAGAAAACAAACCUGGUGCAGUUGGACUGACCUCUAUAUACGAAACACCACUGCAGUGUGACUCAACUGUGAAAGAGACUGCACCACUCGAAGAUCAACUAGAGUAUCCCGAAAGCCAAGAAAUGGAUACUUUUGUUCACCCUCAGAGAGACCACAGUGAAGAGCAGAGUGCUGGCGAGCUUGCUGACCCUCACACAGCAGAUGAGAUCCCAAAACUAGCAAGUAGUCCAAAGAACAGUAAAAGCUCCGAAGAUUCUCUUCAGUGUGAGUCUUUUGCAGAGUCCCCAGAAGAAGAAAGGGAUCAGAUUUUGUCAGAAUGCAAAAUGAUGUCUGGACCUCAAAUACUGCAAACUACAGAGUGCCUGAGAGAGCCUAUUUCCAACGAAGUCCCCACUAUAGUGGUAUCUCAAGCCAAACCCACAGACAUUUUGCCAUUUGAUAGUGGCAUAGAUGAAAUCAUGUUACCUCCACUCCAUAACAAAGGUAACCAAGGUAUUUUGACCUUGAGCUGGGACAAGAGUGCGGUGGAAACUGACAAAGGCACUGAAGAGGAGGGUGCUUCAGUGAUGGACGCUGUUGGGCUAGAUGACUUAAAUUCUCCAUUGGAUGAGAGUCCUACGGAGGCCAUAGAUGAGUCAGAGAUCACAACCACUGAUUUGGAGUCUCUGCCUGGAGAAGUGAAUACCUACAGCGUGGAAAGCGGCUUUGACAUCACGACUUUUUCUGAUCCAACUGAGGAAAGACAUGACAGCGAGGUUACUAUUGCAAGGGAUAGCUGUCUUACCAGUACGACAACAGCGACAAUGAUUCAGACUGAAUUGGUGCAGCCCUCCUUCGUGCUUCCUGCGUUUGAGCAGGGCAUUGAAGCUGGAAAUGGUGUCCCAAAGGAAGAGGUGCCAUGUGUUACCACCCAUGUCGAGAAUGACUUGAUGACUGAAGAGGAGACCUUGGCUCAUCACACGAAUCCAUAUUUAGUCUUGCUUGCAGCCAGUGAGCCACACACCUGCACAGCUUCCUCUCAAGAUUCGGGUGACGGGGUAGAACAGGUGACCUGUUCUGUUGAAGAAGCCUGUUUGACAGAUGUCUGCACAGAUCCAAAUAAGCCAAGUGAUGACGGCAAAGUCACCAGUGCAAGAGAUAAUCAUCUCUGCAGUAUGACAGCAGAGGAAGUGGUCCUAAAUGAAUCACCGUUUCCUUGUCGGGAGUUCCCUUGUGAACAAUUAAUUGAAGCUCCCUCAGAGCAUGAAAUAGAAAUUGGAGACAUUUCCCUAAAGGAUGAGAUCAUGCCUUACAAGGAUAACUCGGUGACUGAAGACGAGAUCUGGGCUCUUCACGAAGAUAAACUUUAUGCUCUGCCAUCCGACACUGAGCCACAAGCCUACACAAUUCCCCAUCCAGAUUUGAAUAACCUGGUUGAAGAGGUGACCUGUCUUGUCAGAGAGAUCUCUCUGAUGGAAGUCUGCGGAGACCCACGACAAGAAGCUGAAACGGAGGACAGCGAGCAGCUGGUGCAUUCAUCCCCCAAACAAAAAGAGGAAUUCAGCGAUGGUGUGCUUGAGGACGAAAUGUCAUCUUCUGCUGAUGACAGUUUUGAGGCCCAGCUGUCAAAGAUAACUCAUCUCUCUCUGAUAAUCAAUGAUGGCUCUGCUGAUAUUCUGCCUGUUGAGCAACAGCCAGAGGAGUAACAACUUUCUGUUUCCUUCAUGUGCCUUCAUCAGACACCAGAAACGGAAAUGUAUCAACUGCUUAUGCUUUUAGUUAUGUCAAACAGGGUCAAGUUGAGUUUUUUUUUCUUUGUUGUGUUCGUUGCUCAAUGGCAGUAUUGAUUUAUUGGAUUGGCCUAGCAGGCCCAAUGGCUAAGUUCAUUGUUCCUACUGAAAACAAAGUGCCUGUGUACAGUAAGAGUUGCCAAUACUUCAGGAGUUUGUUGUCAGCAUCCACGUGCUUGCCCAGUGAUGCUUGGAGCACUGUUGUGUUACAGAUGAUUUGUUCUGAUAAACUGCCACAUAAUUCUUUGGAAAGUACUGAAUCUUUUGUUGAAUAGAAAUGACUGAUUUGAAUAGUCGUGUCAGUUGAAGUGCAGCAGUUUUCAAGAAAGUUUUCUGUAUUUUGUGUGGAUACAUGCAUGCGUUGAAGAUAUAUUUAUGUUGGCACAAUAAAUAUUACAUAUCUA